AUGAGAGAUGGUCACAGACCUGAGCUUCUUCAUGUUGCCGAGAAUGACAAAGGGUCCAGAGGCAUUGACUUGGACAUUGGAGACAGUGAGAUCAGUGAGGUUUUGGAGGCGCGCGAGCCAGACGCCAGUGAGCCUGCGGAGGCUGUUAAUGCAGGUGAAGGAGUGGAGAGAGGCAACGAGAUCGGCCGGGAAGCGGAUAGGGGCAAUGGGGCAGUUGAAGAACUGGAGGGACUGGAGGGUGGAGAGGGACUUGAGAGCAGUGAAGGACAAGCGACGUCGUCGGAGCAGUUGGCAAGGCGGAGGGAGAGGAUGUGGCGGAAAGGCUUGGAGGAGUCGCAGAGAGUGGUGUUGGGGGGGAGGAGGGAGGGUUGGGUGCAGGGGUCUUUGGAGGUUGGGAUGUUGAGAGAUUGGAGGGCUCUGAGUUGCUUUGGGUCUAAAGAGCUGGAAGAUGGUGAAGAUGGGGUUUUGGGGGUGGUGGAGUUUGGUGGGGUUGGGGAGGAGAUAGGAGAUGGGGUUUUGGGGGUGGUCGACUUUGGUGGGGUUGGGGAGGAGGUAGGAGAUGGGGUUUUGGGGGUGGUCGACUUUGGUGGGGUUGGGGAGGAGGUAGGAGAUGGGGCUUUGGGGGUGGUCGACUUUGGUGGGGCUGGGGAGGAGGUAGGAGAUAGGGUGGGGCGGAGAGGAGGAGCAGAGGCUGAGAAGGUGGUGGUGAUGGUGGUGGAGAGGAGGAGGAGGUGGAGAAGCAGAGUGGGCAGCAAUGGUGGUUCCAUUAGAGAGAGACAGAGACAGAGACAGAGAGAGCUUGGGGUUGUGGGGAAGAGUGUUUGUAUGAAUUUAUGUGAGGUAUUUGAGAGUGUGUGUGUGUGUGUGUGUGUACAGUGA